AUAGUGGUGAAGAAGAGAGGAAGAAGAGACAUAGAGAAAGAGAAAGAGAAGGAAGAGGAUGAAGUCUGCGCUUACGACUUGUAACAUUAACUGGAAGUGUUACCAAAACCACCACAGAACCUCUUUCUCUGUUACCAAUACCAUCAAUUACCGAACACGCUGUUCCAUUUCCAUGGCAAAUCCAAUCAAAACCUACCAUUUAUCCAACCUCACUCAAACCGAACUUCUCUCCCUCAAAUCUCGUCCACGCAUCGAUUUCUCUUCUGUUUUCGACAUUGUCAACCCCAUUGUUGAUGAUGUUCAUGCUCAUGGAGAUGCUGCUGUUAAACAAUAUACUUCAAAAUUUGAUAAAGUUGAUCUUGAGAAUAUUGUUGAGCUCGUUUCUGACUUACCUGACCCUGUGCUUGAUCCAGCGAUUAAGGAAGCUUUUGAUGUCGCUUACAGCAAUAUUUAUGCAUUUCAUGCUGCUCAGAAGUCACCUGAGAAAAGUGUUGAGAACAUGAAAGGAGUCCAAUGCAAGAGAGUUGCAAGAAGUAUUAAUUCCGUGGGUCUUUAUGUUCCAGGGGGAACUGCUGUAUUGCCUUCAACGGCUUUGAUGCUUGCAGUUCCUGCACAAAUUGCCGGAUGUAAAACUAUUGUUCUUGCAAAUCCUCCCACUCGGGAUGGCACAACAUGCAAGGAGGUACUGUAUUGUGCGAAGAAGGCUGGGGUGACUCACCUACUCAAAGCUGGAGGAGCACAGGCCAUAUCUGCUAUGGCUUGGGGAACAGAAACUUGUCCCAAGGUUGAGAAGAUUUUCGGCCCUGGAAAUCAAUAUGUCACAGCUGCAAAAAUGAUACUUCAAAAUAGUGAAGCCAUGGUUUCAAUUGACAUGCCGGCUGGUCCAUCUGAAGUUUUAGUCAUUGCGGACAAGCAUGCAAUUCCAUCUCACGUAGCUGCUGAUUUGCUUUCCCAGGCUGAGCAUGGCCCUGAUAGUCAAGUUGUUCUUGUGAUUGCUGGAGACGGUGUGGAUCAGAAUGCAAUUCAGGAGGAGGUCAGCAAGCAGUGUCAGAGUCUUCCAAGAGGUGAAUUUGCCGCAAAAGCACUGAGCCACAGUUUUAUCGUGCAUGCACGUGAUAUGCUUGAGGCUAUCACUUUCUCAAACAUGUAUGCACCUGAGCAUUUAAUCAUCAACGUAAAAGAUGCAGAGAAGUGGGAGAGUUUUAUUGAGAAUGCAGGUUCUGUGUUUUUAGGGUCGUGGACACCGGAGAGUGUCGGUGAUUAUGCAAGUGGGACAAACCAUGUCCUUCCUACUUAUGGAUAUGCAAGAAUGUAUAGUGGCGUGUCAUUGGACUCUUUCCUCAAGUACAUAACUGUACAGUCUCUCACAGAGGAAGGUCUAAGAAAACUUGGACCAUAUGUAGAAACCAUGGCUGAAGUUGAAGGACUUGAAGCGCACAAGCGAGCCGUUACCUUGAGACUUCAGGACAUAGAAGCCAGACAGGUUUCAAGAUGAUCCAUCAAUCCUUUGCAAGCUGUUAGCUCUAAAUUUAUGCAAACUUUUGAGCCAUUUGCUUGAUGAUAUUACUUGGAUGGCUAGAUUUGUGUAGCAUUUGUAGCCACAGUUGCCACUCUACAUCUUUGUAACAAUAGCUGCAUUUAUGUACUAUAGUAGUUGUAUAAUUCUUAAUAAAGAAGAGGGAACCCUUAAUAACACCAUCA